AUGCGCAGGGAUCCGUCGCCGCAGUUUCCGCUGCCCUCAGGGCACUUAGACGAGCGCAGUUAUCGCCCAUUUCAACACGACACAGCAGAGCGGCCUUACGAUGAAUUCGAUAGUGGGAGGCACCGCAGCUCCACGCGUUGGGACGCACAAGGCGAGUCCUACGUCCCGUUUGCUGGAGACCAUAGUGGCCGUGGGUAUGAGAUCUCGGGGCCGCGUGUGAGUGACUUGCUGCAGCCGAAGUUGGUGAAUGACAUCGGCCUGCAGCGAGCGUUGCAGCGCCCCAAAGAGAGGAGUCACCACCUCCACCACCACCACCAUCGUUCACACAGCGCGGGCGGUGGUGGAGGGAGACGAAAGGAAACUGAAUUGCCGGCACAGCUACAGCAGAGACCGGAUGAUUCCUUUGUUCCCUGUUACUAUGACCCCGGCGAUGACAACAAUGAUGACCGCCGUGGGUGUAGCAUGCCGCGCACGCUGUCUGUCAGCGAUGGCGUGCAAGCGUCACGGCCCAUGGUGGAUGUAGUCGCCGCAUUUGGCCGUGCGAGUGGUAGUGGUGGGAGCCUUGCUGCUGCUGCUGUGGGCGGAGCAGGCGUGACAGCAGCAUCCGAAGCGACGGCGGUAUCAUCAAGUGUGGCUAAAGAGGCACGUAGGCAGAAGACCCCGGAGGCGGCAGAGCGGGCGAUGCAGACGACGCCGCCGCGCGUGCAGGUGGAGCGGGGAGAAGCAGAACCCACC